AUGCGUUUCUGCACCAUUGCUCUGUUGGCUGGCGCUACCGCCGCCGCUGCCGGUAACACCGCAACUCUUCUCCUGCCCGGCUUCGAGGGCCAGGAUCUCCAGGCCAGCAUUAUCGACACCGACGGAGACGCGACUACCUACAGGGUCACCUGCGCCAAGACCGCUGCCGCCAAUGACUGCGGUAUUGUCGGCGACGGCCUGACAGCAAUCGCAGCCCCGACCUCCGCUCAGUUGCGAAACAUCAAUCUCCAGGGAACCACCGGAACCCUGUCCUGCAACAUUGCCAGCACCACGUACGCCUCGUGCCAGGCCUCCGCCGGCACCGUCACUCCCUCCGGCACUCUGGGCCCCGACGACCUGAACUGGAUGGCCGUGACCGUCAUGACCACCCCGACGUCGACCCCAACCCCAACCCAGACGCCUACCUCCACCCAGACCCCCACCAUCACCUUCACCUCGACCCUGGUGACCUCCACCCCGGUCAAGUCCUCUUCGGUCCCGGCCUCUUCUCACCUCAUCACCUCCACCCCGCUAGUCGCCGCCCCGACCAGCCCCGCCAUCGUCUCCACCGGCGCCCCGGCUGCGUCUACCUCUGCCUUCAACGGCGCCGGCCAGCUGGUCGGCAGCUUCUGGACUAUUGGAGGAGCGUUCAUGGCUCUUGCUUGCGCUUUUGCCUAA